UGAAGGUCCGGGUGAAUGUCACCGCCCUGUAGCCACGUGCAGCCCAGCACAAGCCCUGAGCAGCCCGGGGGCCACGUUGUGGUGGCUCUGCCUUUCCCUGUCACCACGGGGCUGCCGUAGCCAGGCUCAGCAGUGCCAUGGGGCAGCUGUGGCUCUGCCUCCUUACCCUCAUCGUGCUCUUCAGCCUCGCUGCCCCACGAGAAAAUGUGACCGCCCGGAUCCAGGCUCACCCGCCAGUACCCACCAUGUACCACCAGCUGAUACUCUCCUGCGAGGUCACGGGGGACCCCAGCCCCAAGGAGUUCCUGUGGGAGAAGGAUGGACACCAUGACCCCCUGCAGAAAGGCCCUGACAACAUCCUCCUCUUCCCCUCCUUCAACAAGUCGCACUUGGGCACCUACAUCUGCAGGGCCACCGGCUCCCUGGGCACCACCGUGGCCACCUACAACCUGUGGAUAGACGACCUGGCGAACAAAGUGUUCGUGUUCCCCCAAGAGACCAAGGACUCCCACGUGCUGGUGAGGGCAAAACCGGAGCAGCCUCUGCAGAACUUCACCGUGUGCCUGUGGUCCUACACUGACCUGACGCGGCCCCACAGCCUCUUCUCCUACGCCACCAAGGCGCAGGACAACGAGAUCCUCCUCUUCAAGCCCAAGCCCAGCGAGUAUCGGCUCUACGUGGGGGGCAAGUUUGUGACUUUCCGGGUCCCUGAGGGCAUCAUGGCAAACGAGCACAUCUGCGCCAGCUGGGAGUCCACCACCGGCAUCGUGGGCUUUUGGCUCAAUGGGAAGCCCUGGCCCCGCAAGGGGCUGCAGAGGGGCUACACGGUGGGGGCGGAGGCAGCCAUAGUGCUGGGGCAGGAUCAGGACACCUUUGGGGGUGGCUUCGACGCCCAGCAGUCCUUUGUGGGGGAAAUGUCCUCCGUGUACAUGUGGGACAGCGGGAUCUCUACCCUGGAGGUGAGGGCAGCCAUGCGCGACAGCCCCAAAAAAGCCCCCAUCUUCGGCUGGAGGAAUUUCCCCUACAAGACGGUGGGCGAGGUGUACCUGAAGCCCUGAUGCCCGGCACGCUCCUGGUGGCCAGCGAGCUGGGGGCUGCGUCCCCCCCCUUCCCUGCUGUGUAACCCCCCUCCAAAGCCACCCCGCAUCACAUACAUGAAUAAAUGGGUUAGAAAAGCA